GGUCGCCCUUGGAAGCGCAGGGAUUUUCUGUGGGGCAGCGGAAAUAAUCCUUGAAAUAAGAUGACCACCAUCCUCCGACGCUCUUUAGAAACCACAGCCGACUUUAGGGGCCCGAAGAGUUCUUUCCCCCGUCCUUCCUUUUCAGUGUUUAAUUUUUCUAAGAUAAAGUUCGAAAACGGUUGUUAUUCCGUAAAGUGCCAUUUUGCACAUCGUCGAUGAUGUAAUUAAUAACAACAUGAGGAAUUGUGUUGAUGACGAUGAUAAACAAUAACCGUCAGAUAAGUUCCUGAAUGUCAAUAACUGCGGGAGCCUUGCUCUCUAAUCCCAGAUGUGUGAGGAUUAGCUCCCAUUAUUAAACCCUGAUCCAUUUUCUUUGGACGAGAGCACUAGACGUAGGUGGUUGAGACUACUUAUUUACAAAUGCACAGGAUACAUCAGAGGAAUACUGAGAGAGAGCAACUCCUCUAGCAGUACUUCAUGUUUACAUGACCCUUUCCCUAAAUGCCGGGAAGCAUUUCACAUGCAUCAUCUCAGCCCUGUCAGUGGUCCACACAGGCAGCUGAAUGAGCUGCAGGCAAAUCUUCAGCAAAGGAGAGAGAAUGAGAUUUAAUGGGCAAACAAGAGGAACUUCAGCUUUGACUGGGGAGUAUCAGUAGCCAGAAAGCAUCAGACAGCAACGUUAGCGUCUACAUCUUUUGACUGUGAGGAAACCCUUUUGCAUGAAACUCCACAUCAAAUAACCUUCAAGGAGAGGAAUCAUUACUAGUUUGGGGUUCUUAAGAACAAAGUAACAAUUGAAGAAGAAGCUCACACAGGACAUCAAAUGGGUGAGAAAUUAUUUAAUUGCCCCGACGUUGGGGAAAACUUUUUGACCAACUCAGAUCUUCUUGAACAUCAACAAGUUCAUGCCACAGACACACUGUAUACGUGCCUGGAGUGUGGAAAAUGUUUCACUGAUAGUAAAAACUUCAGCACUCACCAGAGAAUCCAUACUGGAGAAAAACCUUACAAAUGUCCUGAAUGUGGGAAGAGGUAUGGUGCCAGCUCUACCCUUAGUAGGCAUCGAAAAAUCCACAUGGAAGAAAAACCUUAUAAAUGCCCUGACUGUUCGAAAAGUUUCAGUUACAAAGCAGACCUUAUUAAACAUCACCGUGUUCAUACAGGGGAAAAACCCUAUGUAUGUGGCGAGUGUGGGAAAAGCUUUAGUCAAAGUUCAAAUUUUGUUACACAUCAGAGAAGCCACACGGGAGAGAGACCUUAUGAAUGCCCCAACUGUGAGAAAAGUUUCACUGUGAGUUCAAGUCUUAUUGAGCAUCAGCGAGUCCACACUGCUGAGAAGCCCUUCUUGUGCACGGAAUGUGGGAAAAGCUUCAAUCGGAGCUCACACCUCAAUGCACACCAGAGAAUCCACACUGGCGAGAGACCUUUUCAGUGUCUAGAAUGUGGGAAAGGCUUUACUUUGUUUUCCACCCUUAAUAAACAUCAAAGAAUCCACACAGGAGAAAAACCUUAUAAAUGCCCCAAAUGUGAGCGAAGCUUUAGAGUGAGCUCAAUUCUUACCCAGCAUAUUAGAACCCACACAGGAGAGAAACCAUACACAUGUCCUGAUUGUGGGAGAAGCUUCAGUCAAAAAUCACCUCUCAUUGCUCACCAGAAACUCCAUGAUCGUAAAAAAACCCUUUAGGUAUUUGGUUUAGGACAGGUCAGUCAAUCUGAUUAACAAGUUCCUGAGUAGUUACUGGUCAUUCUUUGGUAUAUGGGGAUAAGGAAAUGUGUAGGGAUAGAGAAGAUAGGAACAUAAGAAGCUGCCUUCUACUGAGUCAGACCAUUGGCCCAUCUAGAUUAGUAUUGUCUUGGAGCCAGUGUGGUGUAGUGGUUAGAGUGCUGGACUAGGACCGGGGAGACCCGAGUUCAUAUCCCCAUUCAACCAUGGUACUAGCUGGGUGACUCUGGGCCAGUCACUUCUCUCUCAGCCUAACCUACUUCACAGGGUUGUUGUGAGGAGAAACUCAAGUAUGCAGUACACUGCUCUGGGCUCCUUGGAGGAAGAGCGGGAUAUAAAUGUAAUAAUAAUAAUAAUAUUGGCUACACAGACUGCCAGCAGCUUCUCCAAGGUUGCAGGCAGGAGUCUGUCUCAGCCCUAUCUUGGAGAUGCCAGGGAGGGAACUUGGCGCCUUCUGCAGAUGCUCUUCCCAGAGUGGCCCCAUCCACACAUAUAGUCCCCCAAUCAAAUGCAAACCAGGUCAGAGCUGCUUAGCAAUUCAUGCUUGCUACCACAAGACCAGCUCCUUGGUCUUGAAUUUGCUAGCUUUAUUUCAUAUAUAUUUGUUUUUUAAAAUUUCAUUGUUCACUUCUUUGUUUUCUCAAAACUUGCUUACUUCUUAGUUCCUGGAUUUCCUUCCUUUGAUAAUGAGAACUUCAGGAAGCAUCUGUUAACAUGUAAUGGCUAUUGCCUGUGCUGUGCAAUUUGGGUAGAAGUUUUACAUACAAACCAUUAUGGCACAAGUUGGCACAGGGUUGUUGUGAGGAGUAACAGACUUGCAAAAUGUUUUGUAUAGGAAAAGAGCUGUGGAAAUUGAUGAACAAUAAUGAAAAUGCACACAUUUCCUACUAAAGAUAAGUGAAUGAUUA